AUGGGCAAGGUCAUUUUCUAUGAGGAAAGAAACUUUCAAGGUCGCUCCUAUGAGUGCAGCAGUGACUGCUCUGAUAUAUCUACCUACCUCAGCCGCUGCAACUCAUGUAAGGUCGAGAAUGGUUGCUUUAUGGUCUAUGACGACUCCAACUUUAUGGGAAACCAGUACUUUAUCAAGAGGGGAGAGUAUUCAGACUACACGUGCAUGGGCAUGAGAGACUCCAUUCGCUCCUGUCGCCUGAUUCCACAGCACAGAGGAGCUUUCAGAAUGAGGGUCUAUGAGAGGGAGGACUUUUCUGGACAGAUGCACGAGCUGAUGGAUGACUGCGAUUCCCUUCACGAGCGCCUCCGCAUGUCAGAUUGCCAGUCCUGCCAGGUGAUGGAUGGUCACUGGCUCAUGUAUGAGCAGCCCCACUACAGAGGCAGGAUGAUGUACAUGAGGCCUGGAGAAUACAGGAGCUUCAGAAACCUGGGGAUAAGUAACGUGAAAUUCAGCUCUGCCAGAAGAAUCACUGACUUUUGUUAG